GUCUGGACGGGAAGAUAACGCAGAGGAAACAGGGCUGGGUCUGUCAGACUUGUGCACAUGAAAGCUGUACUUUCUCUAUAGGCCUACCACAGUGGUGCCGAGGCGGAUGGGAAUUCACGACGCUCCGUGACAUUUCUGGCUCCUGUGGGCGUCGCUGCUUUGCUCUGAAGCUGACGUGACGCUGCCGCUCUUGCACAACUUUGGGAACUAUGUGGAUUUGUUUGCUAGAUCUGAGAAGGAAUGCGCGGACCUAGCACCAGUCUCUACCGUGUGUUUUUGCUUGUAUCAAACACAUUCUUGAUUUGGACCGAUCUACUUUGAAUAUCCGCUUGUUAUUUGGAUUCACCCUAUGCUUGUACUCGACAGGAAGCAUGCAUCAUGAUGCAGGGCUGCAGGGAAACCCUUACUCGUGCAUUUACCUGGGUUAAACCCGAAGGACGCUGCACGUCGUGUUUGCGUGUGGGUUGCAUGGGAAACUGCCGUGCGUAACGCCGACUCUCCAUGGCGCAAAGCUGGAAAAGACAUCCAUCAGAGGUAGUUUAACUUAACGUAGCGAACAUGAGCCUAGAUCAAGACGGAAUAUCUCUGAUGGUGCCCUGCUUUGGGACGGGUCCCAGCAAAGACCGCACAGGUGAGAGCGCGAGCAGCGGCACUCAUGUGGAGGCUGGUGGCUCUUCUGUCCCCGCAGCGGGAAGUUUCUGGCAGGACCCUUCAGCGAACAGCGGAGGGAUAAGUCCCACUCUGGGGCUAUGCUCACUGGAAUCUGGGGGUUUGUUGACCACGGGGAAGUCAACGAAAAGGCCGGUCACGGUGGCCUAUGUAAUGAAUAGUGAUGCCAACCUACAGAACAGUGCCGAGAUUCUGGCGCUCCAGUGCCUGAAGGACGCGUGUGAUGCGGUGGGCAGCAAACUGGACACGGUUAACUUUGGGAAACUGGACUUUGGGGAGACCACAGUGUUGGACCGCUUUUAUAACGCAGACAUCGCCGUGGUGGAGAUGACCGAUGCUUUCCGCCAGCCCUCUCUUUUCUAUCACCUGGGCGUUCGCGAGAGCUUCAGUAUGGCCAACAACAUCAUCCUGUACUGUGAUACCAACUCGGACUCCCUCCAAUCCCUCCAGGAGAUCAUCUUCCAGAAGAACACUACAUGCUCAGCCAACUACACGUUCAUUCCAUACAUGGUGACUCCUCACAAUAAGGUGUAUUGUUGUGAGAGCAGUCUGAUGAAAGGGCUGACGGAGCUCAUGCAGCCCAGCUUUGAGAUGCUCUUAGGCCCCAUCUGUAUGCCUCUGCUGGACCGCUUCAUCCAGCUGCUUAAGGAAUCCCAGGCCAAUUCAUGCCAGUAUUUCCGUGAGACCAUCCUAAGUGACAUCCGAAAGGCGCGGGAGCUGUACACGGGGACAGAGCUGGCCUCGGAGCUGAGCCGGAUACAGCAGAGACUGGACAAUGUGGAGUGCCUUUCUGAUGACAUAGUGAUCAACCUGCUGCUCACCUACAGGGACAUACAGGAUUAUGAGUCUGUUGUGAAACUGGUGGAGACACUGGAGAAGCUGCCGACCUUUGACCCCAUGGUCCAUCCACAUGUCAAGUUCCACUACGCCUUUGCACUCAACCGGAGGAACCUUCCAGGAGACAGACAGAAGGCCCUGGACAUCAUGCUGCCCCUGGUGGAGGGUGAGGAGCAGGUUGCCUCAGACAUCUACUGCCUGGUGGGACGCAUCUACAAGGACAAGUUCCUGGAGUCUCAUUUUACAGACACAGAGAGCCGAGACAGCAGUUCACACUGGUUCAAAAAGGGGUUUGAAUCUGAGCCAACACUACACUCUGGUAUCAACUAUGCUGUUUUGCUCCUGGCGGCGGGACACCAGUUUGAUACAUCUUUUGAACUUCGGAAAGUGGGCGUGAAGCUGAGCAGUCUGCUGGGGAAAAAGGGCAGCCUGGAUAAGCUGCAGAGCUACUGGGAUGUGGGCUUCUUCCUGGGGGCCAGUAUUUUGGCCUGUGACAACACCCGGGUCAUCCAGGCAUCGGAGAAACUCUUCAAACUCAAAGCGCCAAUCUGGUAUUUACGCUCUCUUGUGGAGACCAUUCUGAUUUACCAACAUUUCAAAAAGCCUACCACAGAGCAGCCAGCACCAAAACAAGAACUGGUGGACUUCUGGAUGGACUUUUUGGUAGAAUCCACAAAAAAGGAUGUAUCUUCUGUUCGAUUUCCUGUGCUGAUAUUGGAGCCCACCAAAGUGUACCAGCCUUCAUAUUUGUCCAUUAACAAAGACGUAGAGGACAACACAGUGUCGAUCUGGCAUGUGGCUCCUGAUGACAAGCACAAAGGGAUCCAUGAGUGGAACUUCAGUGCCACUUCAGUUCGUGGUGUCAGCAUCUCCAAGUUCGAUGAGCGCAGUGCCUUCCUGUACGUCCUUCAUAAUGCUGAAGACUUCCAGAUCUACUUCUGCACUGAAAUGCACUGCAAAAGAUUCUGUGACCUGGUUAACAGCAUCACUGAGGAGGCUUGGAGAGGUCCGGAGGAGGGGGACUGUGAUGGUGACGCCUUAGAGUACGAUUAUGAGUAUGAUGAGCAUGGCGAGCGGUUGGUCCUGGGAAAAGGCACAUUUGGAGUGGUCUACGCUGGACGGGACCUCAGUAACCAGGUCCGACUGGCCAUCAAGGAGAUCCCAGAGCGAGACAGCAGGUACUCUCAGCCUCUCCAUGAGGAAAUCGCUCUCCACAAACACUUGAAGCACAAGAACAUUGUGCAGUACCUGGGCUCCAUCAGCGAGAACGGCUUCAUCAAGAUCUUCAUGGAGCAAGUGCCUGGAGGCAGUCUCUCUGCUCUGCUGCGGUCCAAGUGGGGCCCUCUGAAAAACAACGAGCCCACCAUCGGCUUCUACACUCGGCAGAUUCUGGAGGGGCUCAAGUAUCUCCAUGAUAACCAGAUUGCACACAGAGACAUCAAGGGCGACAAUGUUCUCAUCAACACCUACAGCGGCGUCCUGAAGAUCUCCGACUUUGGCACGUCCAAAAGGCUGGCUGGGAUCAACCCCUGCACCGAGACGUUCACAGGCACAUUGCAGUACAUGGCUCCUGAAAUCAUUGACAAGGGUCCCAGGGGCUAUGGUAAACCUGCAGACAUCUGGUCCCUGGGCUGCACCAUCAUCGAGAUGGCCACAGGGAGACCGCCCUUCUACGAGCUGGGAGAGCCACAGGCCGCUAUGUUCAAAGUGGGCAUGUUUAAGAUUCACCCUGAGAUCCCUGAGUCUAUGUCACAUGAGGCCAAGGCGUUCAUCCUGCGCUGCUUUGAGCCCGACCCAGACCGACGCGCCACGGCAACAGACCUGCUCACUGACCAGUUCCUCACUGUCACCAGCCGCAAGAAGAAGAACAAGAGCAACCUCAGUGCUCCUUCCUCUGGAUCAGAGUACCUCCGGAGCAUCUCUCUGCCGGUCCCGGUGGUGGUUGAGGACACGAGCAGCAGCAGUGAGUAUGGCUCUGUCUCCCCUGACAAUGACCUCCACACCAACCCCUUCAACUUCAAACCCAGCAGCAAGUGCCUGAGCGAGAGGGAGGUGAAGGGGCCCCGCUCCCUGUUCCUGAGCAUUCCAGUGGAGAACUUUGAGGAUCACAGCGCCCCUCCCUCUCCUGAUGAGAAAGACUCAGGCUUCUUCCUUCUUCGAAAGGACAGUGAGAGGAGAGCUACGCUGCACCGCAUUUUAACAGAGGACCAGGAUAAAGUGGUCGCCAACCUCAUGGAUGCUCUGACACAGGGGGCUGAAGAGACUAAGCUAAAGCCUCAGAACAUCUCCACACUGGUGUCCAGUCUGGCAGAUUUUGUGCGGAUGGCGGAUAGGAAAAUCAUUGCCAGCACUUUGUCUCAACUCAAACUAGAACUGGACUUCGACAGCACGGCCAUCAGCCAGCUGCAGGUGGUGCUGUUUGGCUUUCAGGAUGCUGUGAACAAAGUGUUGAGAAACCACAACAUCAAGCCUCACUGGAUGUUUGCUCUGGACAACAUCAUCCGUAAAGCCGUGCAGACCGCUAUCACGAUCCUGGUGCCAGAGCUGAGGCCCCACUUCAGCCUGGCCUCAGAGAGUGACCAUGCGGACCAGGACGAUGUGGAUGAUGACCCUGAACCAACCCGGUCCCAGCCACACCAGAGCCGGACCGGUCCUGCUGCCCCUAACGAUGACACCAUCGCCCCUAACGACGAUACUGUGGUCACUUCCGGGGUCAGCACCCUCAGCUCCACAGUAUCACAUGAGUCCCAUGCUGCCCAGCGCUCUGUUAGCAUGGAGCUGGGGAGAAUGAAGCUCGAGACCAACAGGUUGUUGGAGCAGUUAUUGGAGAAGGAGCGAGAGUACCAGGUCAUUCUUCAACAAGUGCUGGAGGAGAGAGAGCAAGAGAUACGGCUUCUGAGGCUGAGAUCUGAGCCCACAGACUUGCCCACAUCCCCAUCUGCUCAGGAGGGACCAAAGAGCCACACCACAGAGCCACAAGAAGACACAGAGCUGACCAAAUGGCUGCGGCUCUCUGGAGCUGAUCAGGACUCCAUAGACAAAAUUGUGAAUGAGCAGUACACACUGAAUGACAUCCUUUAUGAUGUGACGAGAGAGGAUCUGAAGAGUUUAAGCCUGAGAGGCGGGAUCCUGUGCAGACUGUGGAAGGCCAUCACUGAGCACAGAGAGAAGCCCACCUGAAGCCUUACUGUGCGAGGACACUCAGAGCAGCUUUCUCUCUCCUUUACCUCAAUAUUUAUGUGAGAAAACCUGAGAAAAACACAUUCAGAGGACUGGCUUGUGUGUUUGGUCUCCCAACUCCUAACCAAGAGAGUUGUAGAAUUGUAAUGCUUAAAAAAGGUCAUUUUAAGAAGUGCCGAUGUAUUUUUGUUAUGGCAGAUUCUUGUUACAGAAAUAUAUUUAGAGAGAGCACAAACUCCUGUCUUUACAAAAUGUUUACAAAAACUAUGGGACUGAUGGAUUUGACAAGCCUGAGAUAUGAUUCUAUACAUUCAAAAUAUAUAUAUACUGAACAAGCAUGACAUUGUGACUGUACUGGCAAGGCAGGGUAUAGCUCAAUUUGUACACAAAGUAAUUCAAAGUGCUUUAAAUUACAAUACAAACAAAACAAAAAAUAAAAUAGUCAUCAUAAAAUAAACAUUAAAAUAGAAGAGUUCAGAAUAAAAACCUUUCAGUCAUAUGCACAGCUAAACAGAACUGCUUUGAGCCUGGAUUUAAACAUGGCCGUAGUAGAAGCAUGUCUGUAGCUUCAAACAAGUACUAACCCAAGCAAUUUAAGUUGUUGCAGAAUAAACUACACAAUAAACAACUACUCUCCAUUUCUAUAGAUACUGACCAUUGCAGACUAGGAGACUACUGUCCCCUUCUAUAGAUUGGGAAGACCUUUGGCAAACUGAGUCUUUUUUUUCCUUCUAAUAGGAUAAAGUGAUCACUUGCUGCCUUAUAUAUUCUACCCAGCAAGUGUCAUAAUGAGGUGAUAAUAGGUCAGUAGUUAUAAUGUUAUGGCUGAACAGUGUAUAUAUCAAAGUAAUGUCAUUAUGUUGUAUAAUGUUUCAUUAUAUUAUCACUACAUUAUUUAAUUUUAUUUAAUCGGAAGGGUCUUGAUACAUGGUCUUUUCGUUACAGAUUAUUUAAUUUCUUCACACUGCAAAUUAAACAUUUGCAUUGUUGUGUAAAUAUAUUGUGUUCUAUAUAAUAUGUGAACAACAUUUCUCUUUAUUGAUAAUGUAUUGAUUAUAUGGUCUCUUAAAACAUGUGAACAUGCAUUUGUAUGGAAUGGAUAUUUGUGUCUAAAUCAUGUCAAGUAAUUGGGGUGAUUACUGUUAAGUCAUUUUACUAUUGCAUCGAGACAUACUAUGUAUUUUGUUGUAUCUUGCUCAUGCAGUCAUUUGAACAUUUUAACAUGCAUGUAAUGCAAAAAAGAUUAAUUAUGGAGGAGCCUUUACAUUUUUACCACUUUAUGUUGUUUGGAAAAUAAGCAUUUAUGCAUUUGUUUUGUAUCUAACUGGGGUCAAGACUUUUGUGUCACAAUGUCAAAUAAAAUGCCCAUAACAAAGCAGA